GAAGACGGUUUGGGGGCGGGUGGGGAGGCGCGUCCUCGGAGCGCCCUCGCGCUCCCUUUUCGCUCCCCGCGCGCGAUCCAUCGCCUCUUUUCCCCCGAGGCCAGCGAUGGCUCGGGUGCGGUUCCAGCCGCCCGGCGGCCCGCGCUUCCUCGAAGGCCCCAGCCCGGCUCAGUCGGCCGAGAGCGAGGGAGGAGCCCCCCGAACCAGGUGCUGGAGUCUGCUUGUCAGGGAGGGGGGCAGUCUGUGAUUCUGAGAACAGAGCCAAGAAGGGGAACAGCAAAUUCAGUCACAUACAAUCCUCCACUCGGUCAAGAGCCACUUUUCUCUUCCUGCCUUGCCCCCCGCAGGGGGUAAGGAACUGAGCGUUUAACCUUUAGCCGGUUGGCUACCAGCUAAAAUUCUACUUAUCUUAGUUUCUAGUGGAUAGCUUUCUUAUUUUGCCCAUGUUUUCUUAGAAUCCCUGUUUAAUAUACUUUUGUCAGUAGUAGUAUCUAGGAGUAGCAGGGAGAGUGACAAUAAAUUAGCCCCUUCUUUUUUCCCUUGUCAUUCAGGCCCCUUUUCCUCUCCAGAGGGAAAUUACCAGUAAACUCUUCUAAAUCUUCCACCCCUUCUCAGUCAUACUGUGAAGAAACACACUAAAGUGGACAUUAUUUGACCAGUGAUCACGAACCCAGCUUCAGGCAUUGGUUUGUUGUGGCACAUGGAGAAACAUCUCUUUUAAAAUAUCUCCCAAUUACCCUUUUCACAAUUUGUAUCCACCUAGGAUUUGCUGCUGGGGUAAGUCACUAGAUUUAUUUCUCAAAGCUCCCCUCUCUAUAAGCUGAAAGACUGACCAACCAUGAACACUAGUAGGGGAUGGGGAAAGGGGACAGAGCAGAGCCAGUUGUUCCACACUUUGGGAAGCAGGAGUAGCUUUUAUCGUCUUCCUCUGGGGAGCAGGCAUAGAGACAUAAACUGAGUGAAAAUGGGUGGAGGAAGAACUUCUAUACCCACGAACAACAUGUGAAGAGAGAGAACCAAACAUAAAGUAAGGAGGGUAGACGUUACAUCCAAGAGGAAAUAAUCCAGGCAAGGAAGCACAGGCUGAUCAAGAUGUGUAGUUCUGUGGCUGCCAAGUUGUGGUUUUUGACAGAUCGUCGCAUCAGGGAAGACUAUCCUCAAAAAGAGAUUUUACGAGCAUUGAAGGCCAAAUGUUGUGAGGAGGAACUGGACUUCAGGGCUGUGGUGAUGGAUGAGGUGGUGCUGACAAUCGAGCAAGGAAACCUGGGUCUGCGGAUCAAUGGAGAGCUAAUCACUGCCUACCCACAAGUGGUGGUAGUCAGAGUACCAACCCCUUGGGUGCAAAGUGAUAGUGACAUCACUGUUUUGCGCCAUCUAGAGAAGAUGGGAUGUCGGUUAAUGAACCGACCUCAAGCCAUCCUGAACUGCGUUAAUAAGUUCUGGACAUUUCAAGAGUUGGCUGGCCAUGGUGUUCCUCUGCCAGAUACUUUCUCUUAUGGUGGCCACGAAAAUUUUGCUAAAAUGAUUGAUGAAGCUGAAGUACUGGAGUUCCCAAUGGUAGUAAAGAAUACGCGGGGUCAUAGAGGUAAAGCUGUUUUCUUGGCUCGAGAUAAGCACCAUUUGGCUGAUCUAAGCCAUCUUAUUCGCCAUGAAGCGCCAUACCUGUUCCAGAAGUAUGUUAAAGAGUCUCAUGGACGGGAUGUACGUGUCAUUGUCGUGGGAGGCCGUGUGGUUGGCACCAUGUUACGUUGUUCAACAGAUGGGAGAAUGCAAAGCAACUGCUCAUUAGGUGGUGUGGGGAUGAUGUGCUCAUUGAGUGAACAAGGGAAGCAGCUAGCUAUCCAGGUGUCUAAUAUCCUGGGGAUGGAUGUGUGUGGCAUUGACCUGUUGAUGAAAGAUGACGGCUCCUUCUGCGUCUGUGAGGCCAAUGCAAAUGUAGGUUUCAUCGCCUUUGAUAAGGCUUGUAAUCUAGAUGUAGCUGGUAUCAUAGCAGACUAUGCCGCCUCCCUUCUACCCUCUGGCCGGCUCACCCGGCGUAUGUCCCUGCUCUCCGUGGUGUCCACUGCCAGUGAGACUAGUGAGCCGGAGCUGGGUCCCCCAGCCAGCACUGCUGUUGACAACAUGAGUGCAAGUUCCAGCUCUGUUGACAGCGACCCUGAAAGCACGGAGCGAGAGCUGCUCACCAAGCUCCCAGGGGGCCUGUUCAACAUGAACCAGCUGCUAGCCAAUGAAAUCAAACUACUGGUGGACUGACUCCACUGGUAAUUAACCAACAAAACCCUUGUAAAACUUUCUUUCUUUUUUCUUUUCUAUUUUUAAAACCAACUUGCAAUGCUGUUCAUGGAGGAUGCUCAGGAAGAUGAGAGAAAAUUAGUAGGAUUAGUUGGAGAGAGUGGGAGAUAGAUGAGACCUCUGCUAGUAAGAUGUUACUUUCAUUUACAAAUCCUACAAAUGAGAGGCAGAAUAGGUGGGGUAUAGAAAAAUGUCAGGCUCUCAUAGUUACCCUUUUAAAUUGCUAAAAAAUGUGUAUGCUCAUAGGCCAUGAGGAACAAAUACUUUUUUUUUUUCAUGGUCCCUUGCUUUUGUUUUUGUACAAAAAAAAAUGGUUUUGCUACAAAUAUCCAAGUAGCAUAACUUCACAUUGUGUUGGAAGAUUUGUCAUCAGUGAGGAAAACAUCUGCUUAAAUUACAGGAAUUUUUGUAUUAUACAGCUCUGAAAAUUCUGCCAUUUCCUUAUUAACUAGCAGCUUUAGUUUGUAGUUUAUGAAAUCUUGAGGGGCUCUUUUACUGGGAUUUCUUAUUUUUUUGUUUUUUCCCGCUUAAUUUGGUGGGAGGUCAAAUUGAAUAUAACCCAAUAAAGGCUUCUUAAUGACAAAAUUGGCAUGUUUGCAUGAUGAAAUGGAAAUGAACAGUAUUGCAAUGUCCGGUAUACAAAAUAACAUUUAUUCAAUGUAGAUAAAAUUACACUAGUUUAAAAUAUGUGCAUUGACUUGUAUUUGUUAGUGUUUUAGUCUUUUUUGAAAGAUGUGCUCUGUUAAUGUUGCUUUUUUUUUUUUUUAAUACAUGCUAGUCUAACAUUUCCUGCUCUAUGCCUGCAUCUUUAACAAUGGCCAAAGUGAAGAAAAUGCUACCUUUUUUGUUAACAAGACACUGACUUGAAACAUGUACAUUUAAAGCCUUUCAUUUUUUCCCUUUUUGUUUGGGUGGUUGGGCAUUUAAAUAAGGACAAGGAAAAAUAUUUUUGGGGGCAAAUCAAGAGCCUAUGAGUUCUAAGUAUAAAGCUGAAGUGAUUUCGAAUGCCAGCGUUAUAUAUUUGCAUUUUUCACAUUUUACGAGGGAGUAUAUGUGUAUGUGUGUGCACGCAUGCAUGUGUAUGUGUUUUGCUUUUUGUUUACAUCAACUAAUCAAAAAGGAUAAUUUAGAAAAUGGAGCAUGAUGGGAAACAGAGUUUUUGACUUUAAAAAACAGAUGAGUUGUUUUCAUAAGUAGACUCCACUGGGGUAGAGGUAUUCACCUUAAAACAUAGGGUGAAUAGAUGCUUUUUUAGGCCUUUUUGUGUAUAUGUACGUUGUUUGUUUUUUUCCUUCUGUUUCUAGCCUGUUCAGUGUACAGUUUAUUCAAGGCUACAUGCUUUUCUUUAAUGCUUCUGGCUAUGCAUUUUCUCUUUUUACAUAUAGGAUUUGGGAUUGGGGGUGGGUUGGAUGUUUUUGUUUGGGGACUUAUUUAGUAGUAUUGAGUCUCUUAUAGCCCUACUCUUAAGCCUUCAAUACUGUCCACUCUUUAUAUUCCUUUACUUGCAGAAUUUAUAAAAGCCCCCAAACUGCAUAUAAUAUGAGCCUUUAAAACAUGGGUAAAACUAAUCCCAUUGAUGGGUUUGGAUGGUAUGUUAAGAAAUGGAGAUGCUGCAGAGCCCAACGUAAUUUUUUAAACAGCAAGUUUUCCAUCUCCCUACAAAUCCUCUGAAGCUUUUACCCAAGCCCUUUCUUGCCUCUCCAGUGCUAUUUUCCUUCAGAUGGACCUUAAACAUAAUUUCUUGGACACUACUAGAGAGACUUCGAGGCAAUAAUAAAAGAUCAGUAUUAACCAGCUAUAACAGAGGUUUGAUCAUGCUUACUUGUACAGUUUUUCCCCCGUUUUAAAAAGGAAUGUAAUAAAAUUUGUUUUUUCCAUAGAAUUAAAUAAUAUUAAAAUUGAGUGAAAGGUUGAUUGUUGAUGAAUAGAAUAGUACCUCUCAUCUGUGCAGUGUCUCAUUUCACCUCAGAGAAAAGGAUACAUAAGAGGAGUUUGUAAUUUAUCUUAGGAUAUUCUAAUUGCAUUUAAAAGAACUUAUCUUGCACAGGGUAAAUGGGGGACUCACAUACAUAUAUUAAUACCUCUGACUCAUUAACAGAAAGAAAUACUUGGUACUUCUUUCGCUGAAUGACCAUACUGUGGAGGAUGCAUACUAUUUGGUAUAGAGAAAUAAAUGAGGAAGAAAGAACUGCUUAAUUAAAUUAUCAUUCAUAUGUUCAUAUAGAGACCAUCUGGUUGCCAUGUGUAUUAUGACACAUACACUUUGAAUAGUUACAUAUCACAAGUAUGUAGUUCAUGUUUGUGUUGGUGGGGUAAGGCAUCAGGAAAAAUGUAGUUAGUCUUUUCUUAACUUAUACCAAAUUAACCAACUAUAUUAUAGGAAAUAUGUGAAAUUAGCUCAUUAGCUUUAUUCACUAUUAUGCAUUCACAUGAUAUUAAAACGUACACUCACAUGUUAGAAUGAAAAGAGCAGUAGUUAUCUUAGAUUUUAAAAACAUGGAUAUCUUCUUGAAUUCCUUCAAGAUUGAGGUAGAGAAUAAGAUCAAAUCAUUCUGGAAGUACCCUAAGGAAACAGCAGCAGAUAUUUAGGUUAAAUUUAUUUUCGUAAUUGUUUAAUAACUUUUGUAUAAUCUUCAUUGCUAUUAUGAGAGAGAAAAUGUAUAUAUCAAAUAUGUGUAAUGAUAAAAUCUGAAUUGUAAAAUUUUUGUAUAUUGUUAAAAUUGUAAUUCUAAAUUGUAUUUCAAAAAUAAUUAUUUCUGAUAUUGUUUUUAUGUCACCCAUGAUGAAAACUGGACUUUAUAUAUCUAAACAUACAAGUAUGAACUAUUCUAUUUAAAAUUUUUAAUAGUUUUUUUCUUUUUUGGUGCCUAUAAUUGAUUGGUCAUUUCUGCUGGCUUUUCUCCAAUGAACAUUGAAAUCUUUCUGUAUGUGUUACCAAUAAGAAAACUACCCUGGAACAGUAGAAAAACCCAACAAGAGACUUGGCAUUCAUCAAGCACAUUAUCAGACUUUGAGAAGAUAUUGAAGGCAUUGACUUUGAAAAUCAUCUCUUUUUCUCAAGAAGAAAGCAAUGGAGAAGCAAAUUUGCUUCAUUCAGUGAAUCCCCAGUUUGGGGCUUGUGGGGCUUAGAGACAUUGUGAAAUCAAAUCUUGUGUUAUACUUUUCUCCUGGCUCACUUUUUUUGAGAAGGUUUAUGGGCUAUUUGGCUGGUGAGACACGAUCCCCUCCUAAGAAAAUGUAGGUGCUCAGACAGGUAACCACUGCUGCUACUGUUUUUAUUUGUUUGUUUGUUCAAUUUUAUUUAAGAUUUGUUUUUGUUGUACUAGGAUUUUAAAAAAUGUAAUAUAUUGCAGGAUUUAUAACCAGG